AUGGCUGUGCACAAGCACUCAAUAACGGAUGAUUGGACCACGCAAACACUUGUGCCGUUUCUUUACUAUGCAUUUGCGUCUACGCUCCCAUAUCCUGCCGAUAUUUCAGACCACAUUCGACGGGCCAUUGACUUCUGCCUGCAGAAACCAGAUCACCCCAGCGAUGGCGAUGAUCUGAUCUUCGAGCGUGUGUUCAUGGCUAUCAUGCAUAGACACAAGAACUUGGCGCCUGACCUUGAGAUGGUUGUUGACAAUCUGGAGCCUCUGGCGAAGUAUCUUAUUCGACGAGCACAACUGAAAGGUCCGUAUGAACUGUUGGAUCGGUCAGAUAUUGGAAGUGACGCUUGGAUAGAGUAUGAGCAGCAAAGGCGAGGCAAACUUGUUAUCGAGCCUAAAGCAAUCCAGAGCGAGCAACUUCCACCUAUGCGGUCGUCCACUGCACCCUCGAAAGCACCCCCAGCUGAAGACAACCUUGACCCGAGGCUUGUACAUGCGCAGCCAGGUCACUUUACAGCAACGUAUUUCCCAACGCAGCUAACUACAGACGAGGAUAGACACUAUCGCCGUCAGAACCGUGACUACGAGUAUAACCGGGCGCACAAACAGCAAAAGCAAAUUCACGGGCCCAUAGUGUCAACUCAAAGUCGCGAUACAUCUCACGGUCGAUCCAAUAUCGAUCGUAUAAGUACGUUCGCUCAAUCUAGGCCGCAUGCUUUGCAUGAGGAGCAACAUCAGCGACCUCCACAGGUCCCCGCGUACGUCCACCACCGGCCCCAAGACCAAGCAGUACCACCGCGACAGAUAACGCCAACCACACAGUGGCCUUUACAGGAGCGGUCCCGACAGCCACGACCAGAACCUUCGAGUUAUUAUCCAGAUGAUACUGUCAUGAAACUUGGCACAACUACGCAAUACACGCAACGGCAAACCCAGCCAGCCCAGCAUCCAUCGACCCAGCACCAGUCGAUCCUAUCCAAAGCAGUGAUUUACUCGGAGGUGCAGCCGCAGCCAUCACAGCUGGUCAAGCCAUCUGGUCAGCAUCCAAGUUUCUGUCAACCACUACCUCGGCUCCCGCCUACUUCAAAGAACUUCCCCCCUUCACGCUUCGCCCCUGUUCCAAUACCUCUUGCGUCCCAGCCCCGAGCCACCGUACCAAGCAGUGACUUCACCCAUUUGCGAGGCAAUGACUGGUCCAACGCAGCUCAGCAGCGCGCCCGGGAGGUAGCAGCAAAGAUCACGAAGUGGGAGCAAGAAGUGACAACACAAGAAAUGAUGCGCCACCAGCAGGCUAUUGCACCGAUGCCCUCGAACCUUAACUCUACCAGUAACAUGUACAGUCCCAACGGGUCCUCAUAUACCCUCCCUCCGCGCUCAACAGCCGCGAUGACUCAAUCCACCGCAUCUGCCUACGCUCAUGCUCAGCCUGUGUCUUCUGCUACAUAUGCGCCACCAACCCCGGCAGCUAGGACUUGGGGUAAGGCACUUCCUGACCACUUCGCAAGACCGAUUCUACCGAAACCCGAAGAGGUGCGCAGCCGUUAUCAUACUCCACAGCAGAAGCCCUAUACGGUGCCACCGCUGUUGCCAACACUCAGAGCGCAGCAGAUGCAAGCCCCGUUCCAAUCACAGGGCCAGAUGUCCGCCUCAUUCCAUGCGCAGAAUGUAAAGAUGCAUACUCCGCUACCGGCAGUUGAAGGAGUGCAGGCCGACGCCUUUUCGCAGCUGCAAUGUGCGGCUGCUUCAAGCGACGCAGUGUUGGCGCAACCGGAGCUGGGAGCUGGGCUGGGUGAGUUUGAUAUGCGGGCGCUGGGUGCUUUGGAGGAUUGGCUGCGCAAAAAUGGUGGUGGAAGCGCAAAGGCGGAUGGCGUCUGA